AUGUUAUCAAAGAAAGUUAUUUUAAUAACUUUGUUGUGCAGUGUUGUGACGAGCUGCCUGGCCGGUCCUACUCCAACUGCUCCUAUUGAUCUGAAUAUGGGAACGACGACUCCUGGCUAUCUGGAGGGCGGAGCAAAAAGUGGAGGAACCAGCUUCGGUGAUGCCGUAAAAACAACGCCAGGUAUUCGUAGUUCAGGAACUGCAUCGGACGAGUUGGACAAACCAUGGUGCUCGCAUCCAGAUGGGAUUGUUGACAGCGGCGAGAUACAGAAAAGAUAUUUACUUGGUUGCAAUUUAGUUAAGGGUAAUUGUAACCUCACUAAAUGGCCAAAGGUGAGUCUAGAUUACAAAAUCUUCAACUACCCACAGCACCAGGUCGAUCUAACGAAUGCUUCCAUUGACAAAAUAAUUUCAGGAUGUUGGAAUCUCUGGGCCAAUGCCUCAAUAACUCUCUCUUUUCGCAAGACAGAUAGCGAUAACGCAACUUUGAAGAUAUCUUUCCUUCGAGGUGAGCAUGGAGAUCGUUAUUCGUUCAACCAGUCUAAAGGUCAAAGCAACGUCUUAGCACAUGCUUUCUUUCCACCAGGCGGUAAAAGUUUGGCAUGGACAGCCUGUCAUGAAUUCGGACAUGCCUUAGGUAUGAACCAUUCGGACAAAAAAGCUGCGGUUAUGUAUGGUUUUUCAAAAAAUCUGCACACUCCUGUCGUCUUUGAUCAAGAUGAUAUCGAUGGAAUUCGAGAACUGUAUCCCAGUGCAAAUUAA